UGCCUGAGGAAGAGAGGUGAAGAGGAUGACAACUUAGUCUGUAUCGCAGUCCAAGUUCAAGUGCCGUCCAACGAUGUUCCUCACUUCGACUUUUAACUAAUGAGAACCACACUAGAGCUGGGUUUACGUCCAGAACACAUUUUGGCUCUCUCUUUUGCAUGUCUUUAAAACUUAAUUACAAAGGUGAUUAAACCGGGAAGAUGUUCAGCUUGUUGUUGAAAUGGACACUUUGCCUUCUCGGGCUCACAACGACGAGCAGCGCCUCACCUGACGAUGCACCGGCGGAUUUUGGAGGCGAGUCCGGCUCCGGGAUGCUGCGCGCAGAUGAGGUGAGCAUUCUGCAGGAGCUUUCUCUUCAGCUGUUGAACAGCAGUAACACCUCCAUGACUGUGGAUGACAGUAGGUGUCCGGUCCUACAGGUGGGGCAGUACUCCACCUUGGCUCUCCCUCUCCAACAGCUCCUCACUGACGGGUUUGCAGAUGAGUUCAGUUUGCUGGUGCAGCUGCGGAGUCCUCAGAGAGACGAACGCAGUGUCUUCACCAUGCUCAGCCCCGACAGCCACGUUAUGCUGCAGCUGCGGAUCAGUGCUUACGCCGUCAUCUUCAUAGGAACACAGCAACGACACUAUGAGUUCCCAGUCAGCGGUCUGUCUGAUGGAAAGUGGCACCAUGUGGCCAUCAGUGUGUCUGCCAAGCGGCUGGCGCUGUAUGUGGACUGCUCUCUGCUGGAGAGUGUGGACUGGGUUUACCAUGGCAUGGGGAUCAGCGCUGACGGCCUAUUCAUGGUGGGAGGCAUCAUUGAGGGCUUCGAGACUCCAUUUGAAGGUCAUCUCCGGCAGCUGACCUUCCUCAUGGGCACCCCAGACGCAGCCCAGCAACACUGCAGUCACCACCCGCCCCGCUGUGGUGAGACCGCCCCCAAGCCUCCUCGCUCCCCACGCACCAACAAUGCCCUGGAGAAUAUACUCCUGUCCUCGAAUGACCUGGAGGACCUGCUGGGGAAUCCCGAGGACAAGUCAUUUUUGGGCUUUGGUAGAACUAAUAUGUUUCUACGACGAGGGAGUUCUCGAGGGGACGGGACGGUACCUUCAGGAUCCAAUCGGUCCAAAGGUUCGGUAGGUCGUGGGGAUGUCUUCGUGGUGGACGAGGACACAGACUUGUUGGAUCCAAUCUUCCAAAAUGGCGGACAAGUCAACCCUCAGUGGAAACCCUCCAGAAAUGGAUUUAAGGGAAACCAGAAGGGAAAACCUGAACUCUCGUCAAAACUAUUGGAGGAGAACAUUACCACAGACAAAAAGGCAGACUCCGGUGGGAGGACUUCAUCGCUUUUCCCUGGAAAACCAUCCGAUGACAUCAUUGAUCUGGACACGGGGAGUGCUACCAAGAAGCCCUUGGUGGGAUUUCCUGUACUUCCGAAGAUCCCUUCAGAUCCCAGAACAUCCACAGACUCAAACAAAUUAAGGGAGGAGACAGAUGAAAGGUCUAAGUCUGUUUCACCUACACCUCAUGUCAUUAUCUAUGGUCCAUCUGCAAAGGCAGUAGUUGAGGAUGAGAGACCCAUCACCACCGAUCACAGAGCUGAGCACAAUGGAAAACAACUAGACAAGGAGCGCCCUGGCAUUGUGACCAUUGUUUCCAGAGACAAAGACCUGGUCCUGGGCUCAGAUGGCAAAAAGUACAGGCUCCAGAGAGGGCCACCAGGCCGAAUGGGUCCCCCAGGGCAGGAAGGCUGUCCUGGUGAGCCUGGCCUGCCUGGGUUUAAAGGUGAUAAGGGUAAGAUGGGGCCUGAAGGAAGUACAGGAAAAAGGGGGGUGCCAGGACCUCCUGGACCAGCAGGUCUACCAACCCUCUACCUGUGGAAGAACACAGCAGAGGAGUGGGCUGCCUUUCAGCAAACCAAUUUCUACCAGUUACUUCUUUCUGGUUGGCCUAGCAAAGAAGGCCCUGAAGGACCACCUGGAGAGAUGGGCAGGCUCGGCUCACAGGGGCCACCUGGUGAACCUGGGGAGCGAGGACAGCCAGGGAUGCCAGGAGAGAUGGGUGAGCGGGGUCACAGGGGCCCUCCAGGACGAGAUGGGGCCCCAGGGAGAGAUGGGGAAAAUGGAGAAGAUGGUCAGCCUGGGUCACCUGGUGCUCCUGGAUCACAGGGCCUGUGGGGAUACAGGGGAGAACGAGGGUCCAAAGGGGAGAAAGGUGAUGAGGGUCUCAUUGGCCUCAAGGGUCCAAGAGGGGAAAUUGGCGACCCUGGUGAGAAGGGCUCAACUGGUGCACCUGGCAGACCUGGCCUUGUCGGACCACCAGGGCCUCAGGGGAUCCGAGGUGGCUACGGGCCAGAGGGGCCCCGUGGGCCUGAUGGAGACAGUGGGCCGGAUGGCCCCCCAGGUCUGCCAGGGCUGCAGGGCGCACCGGGUUUUACAGGACGAGUCGGCGCUCAAGGAGUUAAUGGCUCAAGGGGGGACAUGGGACCUGCUGGCAGUGUCGGUCCCAUAGGCCCGCAGGGCCCUCCAGGUUUAGAGGGACAGAUGGGACCUCCAGGACUCAGAGGACCCCAAGGACAUCCAGGACUGGUGGGUGCUCCUGGACCUAAAGGAGAUCCUGGGCCUGUGGGGCCUAUGGGUGCCCGAGGGGAUCCCGGCUUUGAGGGCCCCAUGGGUUCACCAGGGGGACAGGGUCCUAUGGGUUUUCCUGGGAUACUGGGUAUAAGAGGACCAGAUGGGGACAAGGGAGAUCCAGGGCCUAAAGGGGACAAAGGUAUUCAUGGGGCAGCAGGUAUUAGGGGUCCUCAGGGAGAGAGGGGCCCCACCGGCUUCCUAGGUUUCCCAGGCACCAAGGGCCAGCCUGGUCCCACAGGCACUGAGGGCACAAAUGGAGAAACUGGCCCUCAGGGAAAACAGGGCAGCCGUGGGUUAAAGGGCAACCGGGGAUCAGAUGGACGAAACGGCAAACCAGGACCCAGAGGGAACAAGGGUCGGACUGGAGAGAGGGGCCACGCUGGCCAACCUGGCCCUUCGGGUUUGCCGGGGCCACCUGGACCAGAGGGAGCAGAAGGAAAGCCUGGUACACAGGGUCCCUCAGGUGCAGCUGGCAGUGCUGGCAGUAAAGGGCUGACGGGCUUUCAAGGAAUUGCUGGAGACGGAGGAGCAGAUGGCCCUCCAGGUUCUCCGGGGCCUCUGGGGAAACCAGGACCCCCAGGUUUGCCAGGACCCCCGGGAGACAAGGGUUUCACAGGGAAGCCAGGCAUGGAGGGACCUCAGGGCCCAGUAGGCAUGUAUGGUAUCCCGGGGAACGUGGGCAUGCGUGGACCUUCAGGGUUCACAGGAGAAAGGGGUGAGCCAGGUUUACGAGGUUUACCUGGCCCUGUUGGGAAGCCAGGACCUGCAGGUCUGCCGGGUCCCCUUGGAGAGAAAGGACCCCGGGGACCUCAGGGUCGACCUGGAGAUGAAGGAACCAAAGGGAUACAGGGCCCACCAGGCCCUCCAGGUCUUCCAGGUGUUGAUGGGACAACUGGUAAACCUGGACCCAGGGGAAGCCAAGGGGCCCCAGGACCCCAUGGGCCACAUGGACCAGCAGGAAUCCCAGGGCCACCGGGUGUGGAUGGAUUAUUAGGAGCAGCAGGGGAAAGAGGACACAAGGGUUUACCUGGCUUACCUGGUGAUUCUGGCCCCACAGGACAAGAUGGACAACAGGGACUCCCUGGCCAAACAGGAACUGAAGGUCCACCUGGACGGAAAGGAGACCAGGGAGACAUAGGGCCUUGUGGGAAACUCGGUCCUCCAGGGAUUCCAGGAGAGAGAGGAUUUGAGGGCCCAAAAGGCUUACAGGGAGCACCCGGACCAGUGGGUAAAGAGGGUGAUGUCGGGCAUCCUGGUGAAACUGGAGAUCCUGGAGCCAAAGGGGACAAGGGAGAGGUAGGACCUCUAGGUUUGUCUGGUCGAGAAGGCCCUUGGGGAGACCUCGGAGAAAACGGCAAAAGGGGCCCAAAGGGGGAGAAGGGCCACAUUGGACUAAUGGGUGAACCGGGGCUGAUGGGUGAAGUGGGACCUGCAGGUCUGGCGGGGUUACAGGGAAUCACAGGCCCUCGAGGACCCCCGGGACUAGAUGGACCUCAGGGUCAGAAGGGGGAUUCUGGGCCUGUAGGAAUUACUGGACCACCGGCGUUAAGGGGCCUUCAGGGAACAACUGGUGCACGUGGUGUCAGAGGAGACACAGGGGGGCUGGGACCACCUGGUCCAGUAGGACAAGUUGGACCUCAGGGAGACCAAGGUGCUAAAGGGGAAUCAGGGCCACAGGGACUGAAGGGAGUGUCGGGAGCUCCCGGUCCACCAGGAGAGCAGGGUGAGGAUGGUCUGCCAGGAAUCCGAGGUCCCCCGGCUCUGCCAGGGUUUGAGGGGCCUACUGGAGAGAUUGGACCCCAGGGUUCCCCAGGUCCCACAGGGGCUCCUGGAGUGCAAGGAAGACCAGGACCUGAGGGGAAUCUGGGCAUGAAAGGAGAGAAGGGAGACAAUGGCAAGAAUGGAUCACCAGGGAAGACAGGUCAUGUUGGAAGGAGGGGGAAACGCGGGAAGGCUGGAGUCAGAGGGACCAGAGGAGACAGAGGACCAAAGGGCGAAAAGGGAGACACAGGACAGGUUGGCCUUCCCGGGUGGCCCGGGCUCAUCGGAAUCCCGAGCUUACGUGGAGAACCAGGGGAUCAAGGGGAAAAGGGGAAAGAGGGUGAGAAAGGAGACAUGGGACUUCCUGGGCCACCUGGAGUUGAUGGCAUGAAGGGUAUUCGUGGUCCUGUUGGGUUGCCAGGUCCACUGGGCCUGAAGGGAGAGCAGGGAAAUAUUGGUCUACCAGGACCCAGGGGUACACCCGGGAUGCCAGGACUGCCUGGUUUGUUUGGAUUGAAGGGUUUGAAAGGCUACCAAGGUUUGCCUGGUCUGCCCGGCAGGAGGGGGCUUCCAGGUCCACCUGGAGUUCCUGGACCCCCAGGACAGUCACUGAACAUGACGUUGACUCAAAUUAAGGACCUGAUGUAUGUGUCCGAUAAGCCCAACUAUCCUCUGAUCCAGACUCUGCUAGAUUCUCUGCAGCAGGAGCUUCGGCUACUGGUGGAUCCUCCUGAUGGCAGCAAAGAGCAUCCUGCCACCACCUGUCUGGAGCUCUGGUUCUGUCACCCUGAAUACAGCAGUGGAAUGUAUUACAUUGACCCCAACCAGGGCAGCCCAGCCGACGCUCUGCUGGCCUACUGCAGCUUCUCUUCCACAUCAAAACAGACCUGCCUUCAUCCUCAAGACUCUCAGUUGAUCAUGAAAGCCUGGAUGGAAGAAUUUUCUGAAGAAGGAUCUUUUCAGUGGCUCAGCAGGCUGGAGCGGGGCUUUCAGUUUUACUAUCCAGGUGCUAAUGUGGUCCAGAUGCGUUUUCUGAGGUUGCACAGUAGCACUGCCAUCCAGAAGAUGACCUACUCCUGCCAUCCAGGACACAGACUGGGUCAGACAGACAGAGACGUCAAAUUCCUCACUGACACAAGGAAGCAAAGUUACCUCGGAGCACUUAAAGACUGUGUGCCUGGAGAGGAGACCGUUUCUGGAACAAGGGAGUCUGUGUUUGAGUUCGAGGACCUCCAGCUGCUUCCCCUCAGAGACGUAGCAGUAAUGGGAGGGGAAAACUUCACACACCAGUUUGGCUUCACUGUCGGACCGGUGUGUUUCAGCUAGAAGAUGCUAGAAAGCUGUGCUGUCCCGGAAGACUCACAGGUCCAGGACAAAAAAACCUCUGUUCAAAUCAUGGACCCCAAUAGUGGAAUAACUGGAACAUCUAUUCCAAUUUCUGAAGAUGUCACCUCCUUUUUUGGGGGAUUUGAUCUCUCAAGUUAAAGUGACUCCGUAUUCAUGAAUUUGAGGGGACACAAGCGUCCCCCGGCUUUUUUCACGGAGAAGUCAAUUUUGUUUACAGAGACGUUUAUCUUGUAUUGAAUAAUUUAAAAAUGUAUGUCUUUUUAUCCUUUAUAUACAAUGUUUUUUUAUUUUUGUUCUAUAUUUUGGGCUGCCAUCAUAGCCUGCCCAUUGUGUAGAUAACAGUCAGACUGUCCUUACUGACCCCUUAACAAUGUGUUCUGCAUUAGGGACACAGCUACUGUUGUCCCAUUGGCCGUACGUGACCAGGUCAGUAAACUCUCUCACUGUCAGUCCACUACUUUAAUACUGUAAGUGAUCUCAGAUGUGUCACUUUUUCUUAAGGUGCUGAUCAAGUUUCAUUUGAAAGGCCGUCAUUUAUUUAAUCCCACAAACAAUAGAGGGGAUAGUCAUAUUGUCUUAUACAUACUUGUUUCUGUCUGUUGUCAACUGCAAGACCAAAUCUCCUCAUUUUGUUAAAUAUACAAAACAUUGUUUAUUUUUUUUACAGUUUAAAAAAAUGUUAUAGUUUUUUUCUCAGGUAUCAUACAUUACUGAUAUUCACAUGGGCACUGAAGCUGCUGUUGCCACAGUAUGUUGGUCAGUUUUAGACUUUAGCAAUAAAACAAGACUUAAAGAUGUUAGAUUAGAAAUGUUACAGGUUAAAUCCAUAAAAAGACCAAAACCAAAAAUGUGUCCUACCAACAAGUAUCGUUUGUAGCCAAAUAUAUCUUCAUCCCCGGUGCCGUAGAGCUCAAUUUGUGCACAUGUUCCUUCAUUACCUUGAACCAACAGACUAGUUUAUUUUGACUCAAUCCUAUACACUGUCCUGCUUCCCCAAACAGUCCCCAACAAAUUCACUAUUUAGUCCUGUUAGAUUAACAUUUGCUAAAAACUACAGUAACCAGCUGUUAGGAAAUCACUGACAGCUGGUUACUGACAUAUUACUAUAUUACUGACUAUAUAUUACGAGCUGUUGUUAAAGGUUUGCACAGUGGUUUUACACACAGCUUCCACAGACACAAAUAUGAAACUAUUGAGAGACAGACGUAUGGUUGGUUUUCUCUUUUAAGAGAUUUAUUGACAAUAAGAAAAUAAUACAGUGACAUCAGACUUGUCCUUUAAACUAGUAAACUGUUGCACACUGUUAUCAAAAAACGGAGAGGAAAACAUUUCUCUGUAGAUCUACAUUAAACUGCAGUGGCUAACUUUUAUUAAAAAAAAUAAACUUUUUGUCAGAUUUGCUGAAACUUUACUAACAGUAGUUUAGGAGUCAGAUAAUAUGUGAGAAAGUUCAGGUUCCUCUGGUUCCUCCUAGUGCCAUUUGCAAGAAUCCCUCGGGCCUGAAUGAAAACAACCAAUCAGAGCCAAGAAAGAUGUUGACUAUUGUGCCUCAUUCCCAGGUCAUCAAAUACCGGCACUUUGGGUGGUGGCUUGAGGCUUUGAGACGCAAUGCAUUGGUAUUUGAUGACCUGGGAAUGGAGUUAUAGAAAGAGCCAGUGGAACCGGAUAUUUUUCCACAGUAUCUGUACUAACUGUCAGGGUAUAGUGACCGUUUCAGCAAAUAUGACAACAUUAUUUUUACCUACUGCAACAACAAUACAUGAACAGCAUCUUAUAAAGUCACCAGCUACAUGAACCUUUCACAAAAGGGGUCAAAUCACAGGAACACUUGAUUUAAUUCAAAAUACAUACAUAAAAAGAUUAAUCAUCAUAUAUUAUUGAAAAACGACUGCAGGACGAAAUAGGGGCAAGGUACUGCCUUCCAAACAAAAAUCGGUUAACAUGAACACGAUGCUAGACUGAAAAAUGAAGUGAGACAAAAUGGCAGUUCAGUCUAAUUAUCAAGCUACUAUUUCCCCCUACGUUCCUGAAGAUCCAUGACAGAAACAAAGCUGCUUAAAGUUUAGUGCUGACAGUGUACCACAGUUUAUCACGUUUUCAUGACUUUUCAUUCUGCUAGGUACCUGUCCAAUUGGCUCACACUAGAUUAUUUACUGUUUUAACAAUAGAAAAGUUCAAUUCAAGUGUUUUGAGAUUCUCUCUUUUGUGUUAUUCUCAUAUAAACCAAAGACUGGAUUUAGGCAGCCAGAGAGCUUACAGAUCCACCAGUUCCCUCCCAGGAAAUACUGCAAUUUAUUUCACUGUACUGUAAAGAUCAUGCUUAAGUUUGGCUGUAGAAAAAGUUGCCGGACUAGUACCCUGAGCUACUCUGACCCCGUGGUGAAAAAAAUGUGCCUAUUCCCUCCCGCUUAGCAUUGAGUAAUUGCUGUCGACCUGAAUUUCUGCUUCGUUCAAUCUGAGAAGUGCUUGGGUCCAGAGAAAAGAAAGCAAGCCUGGGAGCUUCUCAGCAGAAUCAGGAUUUGGUGUUUGUGUCCCAGAGGCGGUCAGCAGUGAGUGAUGAGCAGUGUGGCGUACAGUCUGCAGGGAGGAGAGGAUUCAUUUGAGUGAGAUCUCAGGGAGUUUGUGGUGAGAGCGGAGUCUGCCGGCUAUGCAGCAGGAAAAACACCAAAACUUCAUUUUCUUACUUCGCACCAAAUUCUCAGCUGUUGUUCAAGAGGCUGCCGGGGCUAUAUAACAGGGAAGAAAUGUCCUUAAUCCUAAUCUCAACCAGACCAACUGGAUUAAAGUUUAAGCAUUUUAGCCACGGGUUUGCAAUUCUGGCCUGGUGUUUUAUAUUCAAUGUUUAAUUUUUGUAUUUAGAUUUGUCAUAUCAUCAUUCCAUAUGAUUGCCUUAGCUGGCUGAGACUGAUCAUUGUUACUUAAUUUGUUUUGUACAAAUUAUCAUUUUUAAAAAAAUAUGAAAUGACAUGCUGGACAUUUGUCUUGUGAGAUCCCGUCAUCAGCUCAUUCAAAGAAUUGUGUCAGCUGAAUAAAAAAAAAUACAUAACCAAA